AUGGGACGGGAGCCUCACCCCCUGGGAGGGAACGCGGCCCAGUACCUGGCGGGCACCCAGGCCGCGACUUCCGGCAUGGGCGCGCUGAUGGGAGCAGCCCUCCACGGCAUCGGCCAGCAUGUGGACGUCUCCAUGCAGGAGACCCUGUUGGGCGCGGUCGACGGCAGGCUGCUCUUCACCGAGUACACCAAGGAGGUCGCAACUCGCGGCGACAACCCGGCCGCGGGGUUCCAGUUCUGCCAGGACGGGGACGACCUGGACGCGAUUAUCCUCCCCUGGCUGCUUGACCGGAGCAAGUACCAGAUCGCCGAGGCCGCCCAGGCCGAAGGGGUCUUCGCCGCGCCGGUGCUGGACGUCGGCGAGGUGGUGGAGAGCGAGCACUUCGCCAGCCGGGGCUACUUCGUCGAGGUGGACCACCCGGAGACCGGCCCCGUCAGGUACGGAGGCGCUCCCUUCCAGAUGAGAGAGACGCCGUGGGACAUACGCCGUCCUCCUCCCCUGCUGGGGCCAGCACAACGUGGAGAUAUACUGCGACCGCCUGGGUCGCACAAAAGAGGACCUGGUCAAGUACCGCCAGACCGGGGUUAUCUAGGAGACCUCACCACCAAGGAGGGACCGGACAUGACAAAGCUGCCUUUGGAGGGAAUCCGAAUCCUCGACGCUACGGACGUUUGGGCCGGGCCGUACACCUGCACCCUGCUGGGAGACCUUGGCGCAGAGGUCAUCAAAGUCGACAGCAUACAGCGCUUCGGCAGCCGCGGCCAGCUCAACCCGCCGGACACCCGCCCGGACGGCACGCCGCCGGUCAUGUGGGCUUACCCCGACGGUGUGCCGAGGACGCCGGGCACCCAGCCCUGGAACCGCGUCGCUCUCUACAACGGCAUCAAUCGCAACAAGCUGGGCAUAACUCUGAACCUGCGCGACCCACAGGGCAAGGACCUCUUCAAGCGACUUGCCUCCAUCAGCGACGUGGUCAUCGAUAACUACGCUACCGGGGUCUUCGCCAGGCUUGGCCUGGGCUACGAGGACCUGAAGGAGGUCAAGGAGGACAUCAUCGUGAUCUCCAUGCCCCUCUUUGGCAACUACGGGACCUACUCCCAAUACAAGGGGCUGGGCAGCACUGCCGAUCCCAUCUCCGGCCACGCCACGCUGCGAGGCUACCUGGGCGAGGACCCCACGGGGCUUCAGGGCACCGUCCACUCCGACGCCGUCGCCUCUUCCACCGCGCCCUUCGCCGCAAUGGCCGCCAUCUUCUAUCGCAACCGCACGGGCAAGGGCCAGUUCAUCGACUUCGGUCAGUGCGAGGCCUACAUGGGCCACCUGGGAGAGGUAUACCUGGACUAUACGAUGAACGGCCGCGUCCAGGGCACCCGCGGCAACAGGCACGAGUCCGCCGCGCCCCACGGCUGCUACCGUGCGAAGGGCGACGACUCCUGGGUGAUCAUCGCCGUCACCAACGACGAGGAGUGGGAGCGGUUCUGCCAGGCCAUCGGCAAUCCCGCCCUGGACGGAAGACCCGCGCUUCGCCACGUCCCUCGACCGCCACGCCAACCAGGACGCGCUGGACGAUCUGGUUGGCAGUGGACCGUGCAGCGCACGACCACUACGAGAUCAUGCGCCUGCUGCAGUCGGUCACCUCACCCUCAACGCGGACGCACCGCUACCCCGGCGUGGUGUGGAAUCUCCGAGACGCCUCUGAGCAUCCGCAUCCCCGCCAACUGCCUGGGCGAGCACAACGAGCACGUCUUCGGGAACCUGCUUGGCCUGUCCUGGACCAGGCAACGAGUAGCGCAGUACUGUAGAAGCCGACCAGAUCAGCGCAAGAGUACCAUCCGGGCUGACCAGUAG